AUGAGCAAACAAGCAAGGUUGACCCAUAUGACUGCCGUCCAACUCCCAUAUGGACCAAAAGCCUACUUCAGACUCAUGAGUAUAGUGCCCAGUAAAGCUAUCCCGGGAAAGGCUAAACCAACUUCCCACUCACCCAAACUUGCAAGUUAA